CAUCGUCUAACGUGAAGGAAAGACACGCACCCACCAUGAGGACUUUGCUGGCCAUUGGUUUUAUCCUUUGCCUCGCCGUCUCGACGGUCCUCGCCGGUGGUUUUGGCGGAGGUUUCGGACGAGGCAUUGGUUUGGGCCAUGGUGGUGGCCUCGGAUACGGUGGUGGCCUUGGUGGUGGCUACGGAGGAGGCCUUGGCGGAGGUCUUGGCGGCGGUCUUGGUGGCGUCCAUGGUGGUGGCUACGGUGGCUCUUACGCUGGUUCCUACGCUGGUAGUUACGGAGGAGUCCAUGGUGGUCACUUCGGUUGACAUGGCCUAAGGUGUAACUUCGCUGCGAAAGACAACACAAGGAAAAGACAGUCAAAGUGUACAAAACAUGUAUUUAGAUCAAAAUAAACAACCUCCACC